GUGGUGCGCUCGUCCGCACUCCGCGUCCGCACUAGUUCUAGCGAGCCGAGUGUCGGGCUUCGCCGCGAGUGAACGCACGAGCGCCGCGACGCCUGCCAUGCGCCGGCUGUGAGCAUACAUCAUGCCGCGCGUCAAGCCAGCCUGCGUCCGCCGCGUAUCCAUCGGUGACAGUUCCGGAUCGUGUUCGGACGAAGAUAUAAAUAAUGUGCCCGAUGAUGUCAGAGACCGCACAGAGGCACAUAUGUGCCCGCGCUGCCAGGAACAGUUCGAGAACCUUCAUGAGUUCCUUUACCACAAAAGAGUUUGUGAUGAAAAGGCACUUCAGAUGGGCGAGGAAAGAAUGCACUCGGAUCCCGAGGAAAUGGUUGUUUCCGGGGACGAAGAAAUGGAUGGACCUAACAAAAGAUUAGAACAAGUACGACGACACCGUCAAGAUGCUGAAAAUAAUAAUAGCCUUGAAGAUGGCGAGGCAGAAGUACCCGAAGCUGAUGUACCGCCAGUUGGGUUACCAUUCCCGGUUACUGGCCAUGUCACACUUGAAGCUUUACAAAAUACAAAAGUCGCAGUAGCACAAUUCGCUGCGACCGCCAUGGCCAAUAAUGCCGACAAUGAGGCUGCAUUACAUGAACUUGCCGUACUACAAAGCACUCUAUUCACUCUGCAACAUCAACAAGUAUUUCAGCUACAGCUGAUACGACAAUUACAAAAUCAACUUUCGCUUACGCGACGGAAAGACGAGCCACUUCAGAGCCCUCCACCAAGCGAACCAGAAUCAAAUUUACCUGUGCCCACCGCUCGAUCGCCGUCACCGCCACGUCCGCCACGGGAGCCUACCCCCGCCGCUCCUGCUCCUCCCACUAGCCAAAGCUUGCCCUCAACCCAAUCGCAUCUGACUCCUAGAUCUGAUACAAUUUCCGUUCCUAAACUCCCAACUUCUUCUCCACCUAUGAUGACCCACCCUCCUUACAGUUCCAUUUCGUCAUCGUUAGCGUCUUCAAUUAUCACGAACAAUGAUCCACCACCGUCCCUCAACGAACCAAAUACGUUAGAAAUGCUGCAAAAACGAGCCCAAGAAGUGUUGGACAAUGCAUCGCAAGGAUUAUUAGCAAACAAUCUAGCUGAUGAACUUGCCUUCCGAAAAUCAGGGAAAAUGUCACCUUACGAUGGAAAGAGCGGCGGAAGAAACGAACCUUUCUUCAAACAUCGAUGUCGAUACUGUGGAAAAGUAUUCGGAAGUGAUUCUGCGCUCCAAAUACACAUUCGUUCCCAUACAGGUGAAAGGCCUUUCAAAUGUAAUGUUUGUGGAUCCCGAUUUACAACCAAAGGGAAUCUCAAAGUUCAUUUUCAAAGACAUACUGCAAAAUUCCCUCAUGUCAAAAUGAACCCAAAUCCAAUACCAGAACAUUUGGAUAAAUAUCAUCCGCCAUUAUUAGCGCAGUUGUCGCCCGGCCCAAUCCCUGGGAUGCCACCACAUCCAUUACAAUUCCCUCCGGGCGCACCGGCUCCUUUUCCACCAAGCUUGCCACUUUACAGGCCGCCACAUCACGACCUAUUACCGCCUCGUCCACUUGGAGACAAACCUUUGCCACCCCAUCCUUUGUUUGGAAUGCGAGAAGAACAAGACGCUCCGGCUGAUCUCAGUAAACCUUCUGCGCCGAGCCCUCCCCGAUCCGCAUCCGAUGUUUUUAAGUCUGAACCACAAGACGAGGAAAGUCAGAGAGAUUCUAGUUUUGAAGAUGCCGACCGCGUUACACCUAAACGUGAACCAGAAGAAAAUGACACGACGGCUGAUGGAGAACCAGAAAGAUAUCCAUCCUCAUCACCCUAUGACGACUGCAGUAUGGACUCGAAGUACAGCAAUGAAGAUCAAAUCGGCAGAGAAAGUCCACAAGUCAAGCCCGAUCCCGACCAACCGGAAAAUCUCUCAAGUAAGAAUUCACCGAUAUCUGGACCAAUUUCAAUAGCAACGGGGCUACGAACCUUUCCUUCAUAUCCAUUAUUUCCACAUUCACCACCUAGUAGUAUUUCCUCUGGUAGUAUUACUCCUUUCCAAAAUAUACAUCAUGUAGUUGACGUCGAUCUUGCGCGUGACCCUGUUUUUUAUAAUUCACUUUUGCCACGACCCGGUAGUAAUGAUAACUCUUGGGAAAGUUUAAUAGAAAUUACUAAAACAUCAGAGACGUCUAAGUUACAACAGUUGGUAGACAAUAUUGAUAACAAAUUAUCAGAUCCUAAUGAAUGUAUUGUUUGCCAUCGUGUCCUAUCAUGUAAAAGUGCUUUACAAAUGCAUUACAGAACACACACUGGCGAAAGACCUUUCCGAUGUAAAUUGUGUGGACGUGCCUUUACGACUAAAGGUAAUUUAAAGACUCAUAUGGGUGUUCAUCGUAUAAAACCUCCAUCUCAAUUGUUACAUCAAUGUCCAGUGUGUCACAAAAAAUUUGCUGAUCCUACUAUAUUGCACCAACAUAUCCGUCUUCAUACCGGGGAUCGUAUUCCGUUUGAUCAAACACGUAAUAUAGAACUCAAUGAUUUUCCAUCGCUCAGUAAUGAAUCCGACGUCAACGAAUACAAUACAUAUCGACCUAUCCCUCCACCGAUGUUUCCCACUCCUUCCACUCCUGGCGACCGACGGGCGGACUCCCGCGGGACCGACGAUGAGAGCGGCCGGGACGAUCGUGAUCCCGCUAAUCGGGAGUUCGACGAUGAGUCUGAUAUGAAAGAUCGUCGAACUUCGCCGCUCUCCGUCUACGCCUCGGCGUCCGAAUGCGAAGUAAAAACCAUCACCACAACGGCUUCCCUCCCAUCGGCGACAGGUUCGGAGAGCGGGCGGAGUGCGCGGGCCUCACCGCCGUCGCCCACGCUGUCGACGCUGUCGACGCCACCGCGGCUGCCACACCACUCGCCGCUGCCAUCGCCACCCGCGCCCCUCGCAGCGCUCGGUGCUCUCGGAGGAUCACCCUUCAGCCCACUCGGACUCGCGUUCCCUCCCGCAGUGCGCGGGAACACCACGUGUAACAUCUGCUACAAGACGUUUGCCUGCAACUCUGCGUUGGAGAUUCAUUACCGCAGUCACACCAAGGAACGGCCGUUCAAGUGUACAGUUUGUGACCGCGGCUUUUCUACAAAGAGCAGUGGCGGCGGAUGCCGGUGCGGUAGGCGCGCGCGCGCACCCCGCCCCCCGCACGCCACUGCUUUGGAUCUCUGGAACGCCUUCGUCUACCCGGGCAACAUGAAACAACAUAUGCUGACCCAUAAGAUCCGAGACAUGCCCCCAGUCUUCGACAAGAGUCCUAGUGGCACCACUGGCGACGAGACCCGGGAAAGCAGUCCGGACCGACGGUCAUCCCCGGACAAGAUGGAGUUGAAGAGAUCGCCGCCCGCGCAUCCGCCGCCGCCCAUGUCUCACCCGCAACCUAUUGAUAUGCCACCACUACCAAAGCGGCCAAGCGUGCCAAGUAUUCCGAGCCACCCUCCCCCUCCAACUUCGUCCAAGCACCUUUGCGGGGUGUGCCGCAAGAACUUUUCGUCGUCCUCGGCGCUGCAGAUUCACAUGCGCACGCACACUGGCGAUAAACCCUUCCGUUGUGCGGUCUGCCAGAAAGCUUUCACUACCAAAGGAAAUCUCAAGGUGCACAUGGGAACGCACAUGUGGAGCGGUGGAGCGUCCCGGCGCGGCCGUCGCAUGUCGCUGGAGCUGCCGCCGCGGCCUCUGCACGAACCGCACGACUUGCUGCGCCGCCCCGACCUCUUCUACCCCUACCUUCCCGCACCGUUCCUCAACGGCAUGCAGCAAAAGCUGAACGAAAUAUCAGUGAUACAGCAGAGUGCGGGACAAAACGGAGUAGGAAAGUUCCCGGGUCUAUUAGGAUUUGGAGCCUUUGGUGGCGCUCGGCCCGGCGCAGCCUCCCCGCUGGAGAGGCCGCCAUCACUAGAUGGUGGCGAUGAAAGACAAGCAGCUAUGAGGGAAUUAGCGGAAAGAGGCCGGGAGCUGGCAGAAAGGAGCCGGCAAAUGCGGGAGGAAGGAGAAUACAGGUCUCCUCCGGCGCACGCGCCGCACCCGCCGCCGCCCGCGCAGCCCUCCCCUCCCGCGCCGCACCACCCGCACUCGCACCCCCUGGCUUCCCUGCCGCCGCCAGCGCGCACUGAGGGUCUCACCGUGUAAAAAUUGAUUCAAAACUCGAAACCCGACAUUCCAAAAAUCUCGAACUGAAAGAGGUGGCGCAAUAAGUGAUGACGAAGCAGACGAAUGAAUCUCAAUUCUCAAAGGAUUAGUGUCAUGUUUAUAUUGUACAGAGACUUAUUUAUAGGCAUAUAAUUAUAUGAAAAUAAGGGACUGAUAAAUGAUGCACUCAGCGUCUAUUAUAGCAUAAUAUGUGCGAAAUGUAGAGUAGUGCUAUAUAACAAAUUGUUAUUCCACGUGUUAUUACGCCUAGUAUUACUUUAAGUUAUAUACGCACGAGUACGGGCCUGGGGCAAUCGGGGGCUCGUGUGAGCCCCACGUUCAUGUCAUGACUCUGUGAUAGAGCACAUUCAAAGACUGUGUCGUACGACCGAACAGAUGUUUCAUUCACUACCACUCUCGAAUAUGUCAAGUACUUUCUUUGGAAAAUAUAUUAAACGUAGACAUAGUCAAAUGUGCUAUGACAUCAAAAAUAGAUAUAAAUUAUCCCAAAAAUUAAUUAAAAUCUUAAAUCUUUAUCUUAAAUAUGUAUAUAAUUUGUAUAAUAGUAAUGAACACAUAGAUAUAUGUAUAUUUCAAAUUAAAAUCUUGACUAUUACAAUGAUAAAUUAAGACUAUAUACAAAAGGGGGCGAUAUGCAUGAUUUUAUCUCCACAUUCCAACCAAAUGUAUUCACACUCGAUUGUAGGAGAUUCUUUAGUAAACAAUAUACCUUAUUAAAGAUGGUACCUGUAAUAGAAUGUCUAUCGUGACUAGGUAUCCAGUAUUCUUAAUACAUUUAAUUAUUGUAACAGAGGUUAAUGACAUAUUCAUAUCAUGUAAAUUAAAAAGUAUUUGCAUUUGAGGUCUAUAGUUAUAAGAAUUUAGAGUCAUAGCUAUUAUAUUGCUUUAGAAUACUUCAACAUAUCUAAUAAAAAAGUGAGCGACUGGUGUAACGAUUAACUUCUUUAAAAUAGAUAUAACAUGACUUUUACGUAGAAAAUCACUGGCACCUUCAGACUGAUAUAUUUACAGAGUUCACGAGAAAUAUUUAUUUCCAAAAUAUGCAUUUUUUAAUGUCUGAAUUAGUCAAAUAGUGGAUUUGGUACUAAGUUUUUAAGACCAUUAUGUUUAUUGUCUGUACUUUUUUAUACAUUCGAUCUAGUUCAGUGUAUACAUGUCCUAUAAAUUAUUUAUUACUAAAUCAUGCAUACACUCUUAGUAUUAAAGAACGCUUGUGGGGCGUUAGGCCUCACGCAACAAUUUAGUUGUCUAGAAUAAAUUUCAUAGCACUUACAAGUUAUUUUCAAGUUGCAAAUAGAUACUAGAUUGUAGAAUUAGUCAAGAAUAUGAUGUCAUGUCAUGUCAGUAUAAAUAAUCAUUGUAAAUUAUUAAAUGUUUAUGUAAAUGUCCAAAAAGUAUUCAAAUUAUUUAAAAAUCAAUUAUACUAAUUAUUAUUUU